AUGACGCCUGCCUCAUCCACGGCUCGUCGCUUCGUCAGACCCAAGCUCAGACAGGUCUCCUUCAUCUUUCCGAGUACAGGGCAACGACGCAGAGGCCUUAUCAAUUUAUCGCGGGACAGGGAAAAUGGUGGCUUGGGGGAAAGAGAACCGUUACUUGGUCGCGGUGCCGCGACUUCAAGCACCAAAUCCGGGACCUUCUGGUGCAAAUGCUCUGAAAAGUUUACAAGCCUUGCAUAUUCACUAUACUUAUUUAUCACUUCCGAGGCGGGCAAAGGUGUGAUCAAAUGCAGCAUUGCUUAUUUGAUUGGCACCUUGGGGACAUUUUUGCCAGUAUUUGCAGCUUUUCUUGGGCGGCAAGAUGGAAAGCAUAUGGUGGCUACGAUAACGGUUUACUUCCAUCCAGCGAGGACGAGGGGUAGCAUGAUAUUAGCAACUAUGCACGCCUUCUUAGCGUUUAUAUAUGCAACCUUCAUAUCUGUGGCUAGCAUGGGUAUUUCACUGUUCUUUGAGGACAAACUCGAUCUCCUUCCGCUUGGAAACGCGAUCGUCCUUCUCGUUUUCUGUGGAGGCGGCCUGGGCUUCGUUGGAUGGGUCAAGCUUCGGCGUGCUGACCCGUUGGCGAAUGUGGCCUGCUCUCUUGCGUCCCUGGCUAUUAUUACAGUUCUGACAAAGGAGGGAGCUGUUCAACAGGGUGACUUGUCUCUUGUUAAAAUAUUCCAGGUUUUAAAAAUGAUUGUGAUGGGAGCAAUCGCGACUAUGACCGUCUGUUUUCUACUCUUUCCCGUGUCUGCAAGAACGCAACUUCGCAAAGAUUUGGUUGAGAUUACUAGUUCACUGGGAACUAUGCUAGCAAUCAUUACUGAAAGCUUCCUGCAAGGCUCUGCAGAAUACCUUGGCCAGAACUCCUUCAAAAAUGCUUCAAACCGGAACAAAAAGGCCUAUGUUGCGGUGGAUAAGUGGCUUCAAGAGGCUAAAUUCGAACACUACUUUGCCGGGACGGAAAGAGAAUAUCGCCUCGAAAAAAAGCUUGUUCGGUGUAUUCAGGACAUCACCCAAAAUAUCGGAGGACUUCAGAGCGCUGCUUCUCUUCAAUUUGACCUUUUAAAACAAUCGUACCAACCUUCGCACGUUUCUCCCGCCCAAGAAGGAAUCUCCUCUUCCUAUAUUGGCUCCGGAUUAUACCCCUCAAUUUUCUCGCCAACUGCACACCCUCUAGAGGAACCGACUAAGCCAAACCCGAUUCUGGAUAUGGCACAUUGCGACAGGCCAACAACAGGCUUGGAUCAGACCCUCUUAAUUUCCAGCCAAGGAAAUGACUUCGUUCCACAGUCUCCCGCAGAUAUAUUCGAGAAGUUCAUUGCCCACCUUGGCCCUUCAAUGCGUGCACUCGCAUACACGGUGACAGAAAUCCUUGGAGACAUUCCGUACAGCACAGGCCCAGAAUAUGAAGUCGCCAUUAAUUGCAAAUUUCGUACCAGCCUGGACCGAGCUCUUAAUUUAUAUCAAAGUGCACGAAAUGAUGCACUGAAUAUGGUAUACCCGCAGAAGGAUUUCGUCAAGACCAAGUCAGUUGAGACGGAAGCUGACUACGAAGAAGUUGCAGCAAGUUGUGGCCAUUUCAGUUUUUCUCUCCAAGCGUUUGCUGAGCAACUCAAAGAAAUCCUAGAAGUUCUUGAUGAACUUAAAUUGGAAACAGAUGAGCGGCCGAAUGGCAGGUCCUGGGGUUGGCUCAGAUUUUGGCGCCCCACCCCUCCUGACCAUAUCAAUAAAUGGACUGCAGUUUCAAGGUCAGAGACUGAGCGCGGGGAAACGAGUGUUUCGCCCGAAAAUUCCUCUAUGCAAGGUAAAGAUACCUCGUUGCAACCGCCAGAUCAUCCAUCAGCGAGAGACAAGUUUAGGUACAAAAUUUGGAAAGCACUCCGUAUCUUCCGACGAGACGAAACAAAAUUCUCAAUCAAAGUCGGUGCCGGAGCCGCUCUGUACGCUCUCCCUUCCUUCAUACCAUCGACGAGACCUUUCUAUUCUUAUUGGCGGGGGGAGUGGGGCCUGCUAUCCUAUAUGCUUGUUUGCUCUAUGACAAUUGGUGCGUCCAAUACAACUGGAUAUGCUAGGUUCUUGGGAACAAGUUUUGGAGCGAUAUGCGCUUUUUUUGCUUGGAAAAUCACUUCCGGAAACGUUUUUGCCCUUGCAUUCAUCGGCUGGGUGAUGGCAUUCUGCACCGCCUUCCUUAUUUUGGUUAAAAGCCAGGGUCCCAUGGGGCGUUUUAUCAUGCUCACUUACAACCUCACUGUUCUAUAUGCUUAUUCUCUCUCAAGAAAUGAUAUUGAUGAUGGCAAAGAUGAAGGCGGGGAUACACCGAUAGUACUUGACAUUGCUGUCCACCGUGUCGUUGCUGUCUUAACUGGCAUUAUUUGGGGAAUCCUAAUCACUCGGGUGAUCUGGCCUAUCAGUGGGCGGAGAAAGCUGAAAGAUGGUCUAAGUUUGCUGUGGCUCCGGAUGAGCGUGAUAUGGAAACGAGAACCCCUGUCGACGAUGACGGAUGGAAAGCCUGCCAUUGCAUAUUUCACCCCUAGGGAAAAAUUAGAGCUCCAGAGAUUCCUGGUCCAUUUGGAGACGCUUCAUACUUCGGCACGGUCAGAGUUUGAAUUGCGCGGCCCGUUUCCCGAUGCUACGUAUGUAACGCUGCUUAGCCGAACACGACGGAUGUUAGAUGCUGUCCAGGCUAUGAAUCUCGAGAUCAUGAAGAAUCUAACUGCUUCAGAAGGCGAGAUGGCGUUGUUAGCAUAUACCCUACCGCAGAGAAUGCAACUCUCUGCACGAAUAAGCCAUUUGUUGUCUGUGGUCGCAUCCUCCAUGAAACUCGAGUACCCUCUGAAUGAUUCUCUGCCGGAAAUAGAGCAUUCGCGAGACAGGCUCCUCGCGCGAUUGCACCGUUUCCGCCAAGAUACCACGGUAUCUCGGUUGACAACAGAUGAAGACUACGCCUUACUCUAUGCAUAUGUUCUAGUUACCGGACAGUUGGGAGAUGAAAUAAUGGCGAUUAUUAGUGAAUUAAGCAAACUAUUUGGGAUACUAGAUGAGGAUGUACUGAAGCUCCAUUAG